GUCUGGGAUCAUCAUGAUCAUUAUCAUUAUCCGGAGAAGGACAAAACAAGAACGAGACGCUCCCGCGCGUGCUCCCACAAAGAAAAAGGUCGAAGCUGCGAGCGGGCGUGCAACGUUAGGUUUGGCCCGGCUGUGACGCCCGAACCAGCCCGAUAAAUCGCCUAACCGAAAAGAGAGCUCCGCCACAAACCAUGGCGACCUCGGCCACCGCUUCCCUCCUGCUGGUGGUGGCAGCGUGGAUGUCCGCGUCCGCGCCCGUUCUGGCCGUGUGCCGCCCCGAGUACCGCAAGAGACCGACCCACACCGCCUGCCAGAGUCCCGCACCUUGGUGCAGGGUGGUCGCUAGCGGCGUGAGCACGGCCGAGCGCACCCUCAUUCUGAAGAUCCACAACGACUUCCGGAGCCAGGUGGCGCAGGGCCGACUACCGGGAUUUCCGGCGGCAGCCGACAUGCAGGAGCUGUUGUGGGACGACGAGAUGGCCGACGUGGCGCAGGCACACACUAACCAGUGUACGGAGCCCGGCGUCUUGAUCGACCACGACGACCAGCUCGACCGCUCUACGUCGCGCUUCAACCUGACCGGCCAGAACCUAGCCUGGGCGGGGCGAUACUGGUCUCCUCCGACGCCCAACUGGACGUUCAUCAUGGACUCGUGGUUCAACGAGUACCAGUACUACUCCCCGCACGACGUCCGCGCGUUCAACCCUUACUCGGCGCGGCAGACGAAGCACUUCACCCAGAUCAUCUGGGCCAAGACUCACCACAUCGGCUGCGGCUACGUCAACUACAGCUUCGCCGACCCGAGCGCCACUCCCCCGUACAUGGAGAUGUACGCCUGCAACUACGGCCCGACCGGAAACGUGUUCAACGUGAGGACGAAGCUGCCCAUCUACGAGGAGGGCCCCACGUGCAGCGCCUGCCCGGCCAAAGCUCGCUGCCACCAGGACACGGGUCUGUGCGGCGGCGCGGGGCGCGCUCCUCGGCCACCGCCUCCACCGGACCCCCCGGCUGGCGAUGUUCCCGAUCCGCAGCCAAAGCCUAAUUCAGUGACGACUCGGCCUGGCGGGGGAGGUGGCGGGGGAGGUGGCGGCGGAGGUGGAGCCACAGGCGGGCAAAGUGGGGACAGCCCGGAAAGCAGCAGCACUUCCGGAAGCUCUGCGGAGGAAGACAAGCCGUUCAUGUGGCUACCCUUGAUUGCAGGCUUAGUCGUGGUGACGGUAGCGCUGACGUGCUGCCUCUACUUUGCUUUCGCGCAGAAAAAGAGAGACCAACCGCAAGAGCAGGUGGCACCCGGAGGGAUGGAGACCCAGCAGUCGACUUGGUCGACGGCGGCGUUCUAGGUCAGCGCGGGCAGUUUCCAAAGGCUGUCCGGGGAUGAGGCGUCGCUUUGUCCCAAAGCGAACUGGCAUGAGCCGUGCUCAGCUAGUCUUGCGCGAUGUAUUUAAUCUACGCUUGAGUAUCACGUAGAUUUCUAUGUGUAAUUAAAAGACUGUUAGCCUACUUGGAUGUUAUAUCACGA